AGCAACGCUUGGGUUCAUUUACCUACCGCUGAUCGACUCAUCGGCGCUCGACUGCUCGUGCCUGGCGAUGUGAGUCGCGGGAAAUUAGAACUAAAUCGAUAGCUGCCAAAUCGACCGUCAAAACAAACUUGUAGCCCGGUGUAGUCACUGAAGAGCUCACCUUAUGAAAUAGCAUGAACUACAGUAAAAGGCAAGUUGCACAUUUAAUAAAGUAUCGGUGUUUAUCAAUAGCGGUGUAAGCUUCGGCUGUUGGCUGCUAACGUUUAUGUUUCGUGUGGGUUUUUCAGUUAAAGAAAAAUCACGUUAUUGUCAAGUGAGCUAAAGUUUUAGGGAAAUCUAUAUGGCAAAGGUUACGUCUGCCAGCUGUGCUAGCGCCAUAGAAGCCGUGUCAUGGCUACAUUUAAGUCUUAGUCGUGUGUUGCUGUGACCAGAGAGCAGCAUGGAGACCACUGUGGGAGAUAUUCUGCACUGUGAGGAGCAGCUGAGAUCUACGCUGCAUUCUGAUGAUAAGGAGAAGCUUCGUAGGAAGUUGGCUGAAUUACAAAGGGAAUAUCUCAGGACAGCCCAGAGACUGCAGCGUGCCGAGCGCUUGGAGGCAGUACAGAAACAUGUGAGGAGCAGGAUCGCUGAACAAAACCACCUGGAGCAAAGAGACACGGAGGCUGCAUCAAAUCUCCGUCUCAGUCCUUCUUCAUUGAUACUGAACAGCAGCGGUGACACAGCUCAGGGCUUAACUCAGAGCCAGAGACACACUGAAGGUCCAGCUGAAUCUGACAACUCAAGGAGAAACCAGGUGAUCAAGUUCUCACUUCCAUCUGAUGCUUGCCCGCAAACGCCAGAUCUCAGCCAUGCUGAACCUACAGGUUAUAGAACAGGUUCUUCCCUGCGCCUCAGGUCACGACGCAGCCGCCUACGCUGGGAAAGUAGGAGCACAGAGAACAAUGAAAAGGGACAGGAGCAGGGUGAGGGGAUGGAAAGUGCCAAAAGAGCAGGAGAGGAGGAGAAACUCACAUCAGAUGAAGCAGAUGCUAUAAAUGAAAGUGAAGAGCUUUUUUCUGGUACAGAUUCUGAGUCUCCCUCUCUGCUGCUUACACACUGGAGCACACAUGGAUAUACUGAACCAGGGGAUAUUCAGGGAAAAGACAUCCCUAGAUCCCAAGAACAAAAGGAAAAAGAUGCUGAGGAAAAAGGUGAAGGGGAGAAUGAACCUGAGUCAUUGUUGCUCACAACACAAACUGAAAACAGGGGGCAGGAUGACACACAAAACAAACCGAGAAAAGAAGGGGCGAGAGGAGAGGAUGGUGGAAAUAGUAGAGGACGGAAUGAAGAGAACAUUAGUAAAGACACUGAACAAAAUGUAGGGGACAAAACAGAAAGUAAAAAAAGGCAUGAUUAUAGUGUGGAAGUAAAAGAGGAAAAGAAUGAGUUGACUGGAGGUGGAAAAAGUGGGAGCCUUAUGGACUCCUGUACAUUAGUGGAGGGACUACUUUUCCCAGUGGAAUACUACGUUCGAACCACAAGACGGAUGACAUUUUCACAGAGCCAGCCUGACAUGCAGGCUGUAAUAGAGUCCCAGCUGAGCAGGGGACGACAUCGCAGGAGCCGAGGUCGUGCCAAAGGACAGAACAGGAGCACACAGAGCAGCGACCUUUCACAGCCGCACACUCAGACAGAUUUCUUCUCUCUAACAACUGCAUCUGGGGACCCUAACAAACCAUCACAGGCUGUUGCAUCUGUGUGUGCAUCUGCUGAACACAGCCAGAACUCUGGUAAGAUUUCAGCUUGUCAGAUGGACUCUAGUUUUUCUCCCACGUCUGCUCGUCCAGCACGAGGCCGGAAGAGGAAGAGAGGCACGGGGAGAGGGAGAUCUCAGACCGGACGAGCCUCUAGUUUGAACACACAUCAGUCACCAGGUGAGCAAACCUCAGAUGAUCCCCAACCUACAGACAUUCCAGUCUCUUCCUGUCAGUCUCUCCAAGAAGCUGAUGGACCAGAGCCAUGCCCAAUCCCAGGAGAAACCGACCUAGCAACAAAUGAACCACAGCACGUGCCCACACACAUCACUGAUCCUCCGCUUACUUCUGGAGAUAAUAGAGCUUCUUCCAGCUCUGCCUCUGGACAUCCAGAGGAGGUCUAUGAAAUCUUUAUGAAGAGGAACAACAAGGCUUACAGAUCCCCACACAUGAACCAAAGUACAUCGAGCUGGCGAUCUCUCCUCUUGCCCUCCUUGUCACCGGCUCAAACGUCUCUGCUUCGUCUUCCCUCUCUGUUGUCUGGCCCGCUGAUGAACUUGGACACCCACCAAGAUUUUCAUCUCCCAGAUGACCAGUUUGCCUCCCUGAAGCUCCUCAAGCUUCGCCAAGUCACUGGAGAAUCUGCAGUUGAACCUUUCUCAUCCCCAUCUUACAACACACGCAGCAGCUGGCGCCGCUUUGACUUUCGAUGCACCGGCGCUGAUGCAGCGACGCCUCUUCCUCUCCCGCUAAGCCUCACACCCACAAUUGCAAGUUCACCAGGUCAUAAUGCAGAACAGCUGGCUGCUACCCAGUCCAUACACAUCCAGAGUGUAUCAGAAGAACACAGGCUUACAGAUAAAGUGAUGAAGCACUCCUUCACUGAAGAGCAGCAGAGCUUGGCAGAGACUCACUCUAGCCCAACAGAGCCAGUGGGGCAAAAGUGUGCUAAUGUCUGUAAGGAAACUGUGAUUGUGAACUCUCAUAUUGAACUUCAGACUCUCAUGAACUCUGCAGACAGACCAGUCUGCACAGAGAAUGAUGAUGUCAUCAAUCACCCAGAAAAACUUAAAUUACCUGAAAAACACACAUAUUGUGGUGUGGUCCAUGCUUCAGAGGAUCUGAGGUGUAUAAAUCACAGUGAAGAAGAUAAAGUUACCACUGAGCUGGUUUCCUUUGAGUCACCUGUAGAGGAACUCUCCUCCAGCAGCUGCGCUGAUAAACAAGCAUGUAAUGAAACAAACCCUCCAGGAGAACCUCUGAAGACUCCAAACAGACUUCCUGAAAAUCAGACCAAAUCUUCACACGGUGUCAUCUCUCAGCUCAUGUUGAGUUCCCCUCUGGCUUCAGCACCCUCCCUCUUUAUAACCCCACACCUGCCUUCAUCCACCCUAAGUACCAGCCCAAAACUACCCUCCCUAGGUCUCACCCCCCACCCUAUCACCUGCAGCCUCCCUCUGACCUCCUCCCCCUCUGCCCCUUGUCUCAACCUGCCUCCACCAUACAGCCCUUCCAGACAGGUUCUCUCUCCUCCACCCCUGUCUCCCUGUCCCUCCAUCACUUACCUCCCUCCUAGCCCCUCUGCUCUCUCUCCAUCUGGAGAGAUCCACCAUUUAUCUAAGCCACCAGUUAGGGCCAAUCAGCAUCACACAGUUGAACUCACUUCUCCCCCGAGUCCCUCCGGCCAUCAGCUGGAGGACUCAGCUGGGCAGUUGGACCUGAGAACAGAGGAAACGAAAGAAGAACUUGUAAUUAGACACAUGCACACAUUGAGGGCUGCAGCAGGAGGCAUUCUGGUAGAUGCUUGCUGUUUUCCUGGAUCCUCAGACACUUUGUGUGUAGCAGCAGCAGGAAAGUGGGCAGUGUGCCUUUGGAGUCAAGCUUCAGCAUCUGAAUGGAAAUUAAUACACACCUGGACCUUUAGUGAGCCAGUGAUCAGUGUGUUUCAUGUCCCGGAUGCUGCUGGGCUGAUCUGUGUGACUCUGGGUCAGCUGGAAAUCAGAGAAGUGAGAGUGCUGUCAUGCUCCAGCCUCAUGCAAAUAUUGCUCUGUGAGGGGAUUCUUCAGGCAGUGAUUGGUGUGUCCCGGUCCAGAGUGGUGACCACCUCCCACUCAGCCACAGGUUCCACUCUGCAGGUGUUUACGCUGUCAGACUACAGCUCACCAAGCUCUCAGACUCUGGUAUCUCCAGGUGUUUGCGUGGGAGCGCUUGCACCAGUUGACGGACUUCCUGAUGCUCUCAUUGGUACAGAUGAGGGCGGACACCUUUUUGUCUGGAAUCUAAAGACUGGACAGCUGCUGUGCAGAGUCCUCUUUGGAGAGGGUUUUUCUCACACAGCCUGCCUCAGAGGAUAUUCCUCCUGUGGAGUGUUGUUUGUCCUGCUGCAGCAUCAGUUUCUAAGCUCUUUAGAAGACGAAGAAAAAGAAGGAAAAAUAAAAGAUCCUAAGACUGCAUUUUUCUCCUUGGUCGCCAUUAACCCUCUAAGUGGAAAAUCCAUCCCCGCUACUCAGCUGUACCCACCGGAAACCUGGGCUGGCAGGCUGUGUGAAGCCGACGUCAGUGGCUCCGGCGUGGUGGGCCUGAGUCAGAACGGCUGCGCCUGUGUGUGGGACCUCGGGCACCCGGGGGCUUCGAGGAUGGUGUGGGCUCCAGAGAGUGAAGGCUGGCAGCUGGCUCGAUGGGGGGGAUUAAACACGCUGGUGACUGGACAUCACAACGGAGACGUGACUUUAUACUGCUACAGUCAGAACUCGCGCUGCUGCUAAAAACGGACUUUUAGACGACUUUUUAAUCAAAUAUAAACAUCUUUGUUUCAGUCUGCGUUGACAUAAAGACAUUGGGGGGUUUCAGCGUCAUGGUGGGGCACGGACACGUUCCCUUCAUUUGAUUUGGUUACUGCUGUAAACUGUAUUGCAUUUCAGGAAUUUACCUUCAGCUUGAGUAAAUUUAACAUAAAAAUCCAAAAACAUGAGCUUUCAUGUACUGUAAACUGAGCAUGUACCAUAAACCAGUCGCUGCUGUACAAGCUUUCUAACACGUCACACCCUAGAGCUCCUUUUAGGUCACUGUAACGUCAGACUGGAAAUGUGUGUUUUAUUACUGCAGCUGUUUUUGACUUGUUUAUGUAUGUGUAUGUUGUAUUUGUUAUAUA